CAUUUUCUUGCCCUCCCUUCUGAUAUGGGAAGAAGCAAAAACACUGCUCGCAGAAGAAACAGAAACAAGAAGAACAAAAUCACUGCCGAAGAGUGCACGAAUCGUCGUGGACCCAUAUCUUGCGUCUCUAACAACGCCCUCCACCAUCAUCGUCACGGCAACAACGUCAACCAUGAGUAUCUGUCCAGGAGCGUCGGAACAGCCUGCGUCGUCUGGUAUGUCCUCGUGGCUCUCAGUCCUUGAGAGCCAAGAGGAGCUAUUCUCCAAACAUCCCCCGGCAGACUAUCAACACCAACACCGACAACGCCACAAUUGGUUGCCACAACCCAGCAGGUGGUGGCUGUGCCGAGCAUUCAGAUGGAUACGCGAUUUCACCACUGUCUUCCUGCGCUUGCUCAUGAGUGAACAUUGGGUCGAUCAAGUGUAUACUCUUGUCCUACUCGUGGGAUUUCUUUGCGGGUGUUGGGCCGCGAUAGAAGGUGUAUUACACAUCGUGAAAGGAGCUGCUGCCCAAGACAUCGACUGCAGCAUUGUCUACGUUACGAUACCUGGUCCGAUCGUGACGGUAUCGCUAGUCGGGCAGACACCCACGGACCCAAAUCACGGCACAUACUAUUACUCGGUCAUCAACGGGACAACGCGUUGGCUUGACAGCAUUCAACCGCCAACCCGCUCCCGCAGUCCUACCCUUCCGGCUUCUGGGCAAAACCCAAUAUCGCCAGGAAUCACGACGAGUCCUCCGCCAUCACAGGUACCUACGCCAGGACUGCCGCCACAACCUGGCGGUUCCACCGCGACGCGUCCGUCCGCUCUGCUGAACAUACCUUUCCAAAGUGCUAAUAGUAGUGCAGCCUUACCAUCAGCGGUGCCACUGCCACCUGCUCGUCCAGGCGCGUCGAGCGCAACGACUUCCCCGAUCACAUCAUUGCCUAUUUACGUACCGCUGCCCUCCUCAGCACUCAGCUCCGUCGCUGUACCCAUUGAAAUUCCGCCCCGCUCAUCGCCUCUUGUUACAAGUACCACAGUGCCGCCCGGGGCUAUAACUUCGUUCCUACCACCUGCGAGUAGCCAAGGAGCGCAAGCUCCACCGCUAGGUCCACCCCCUGUCGUCGUAACAAGCACGUUGAAGAGCUCUGCUGAGACUUCUACGGUCGUCACUACUUUGUCAAAUGGACCCAAUGUGUGAGUGACCUUGUUCUUGAUGUACCCUGAGGUGCUUAUCACAAAUAUGGUAGGCCAUCUACGUCUAGAGGAGCUUCGCAAAAUACGCAGAGCCAAGGUCGACCAUCGGGAAUUCCUUCUACAAGUCCCAUCGCGAGCACGCUGCAAAGCUCAGAUCUUCCAGGUAAUCCGGUUGACAUUUCAUCAGCGGUGCCACCCGGUGCAUCUUCCUUGGUGCCUCCGAAUGUGCAGCCUGGUGCUACGAAUACGGCUUCUGUUUCGGCGUCGAUCUUUCCACCUGUAUCGUCCUGGAGCAC